UUUUCCCCUUCCUCGCCCCAUCCGCCAUCAGCAGACCGACCUUCCUCCACAGAGCGUUGCUAGAUCUGCCCCCUACCCGGCACAAUCCCUAUGGUAGCCAAAGCCGACCACCCCGCCUGGCUCCUCACUGCGGCCGAAGGCUACGUCGGUGACCGGUCCAACGAGAGGACCGCCAGAGGCAUCACGAGUAAGGGCCUGAGCAUCAAGGCGUCUUUUUUCCCCAACCGCCCGCCACAACCAUCAAAGCUGUGGGUGCACUGCCCAGAGGCCGCGGUCGUCCAGACUCCCCGUGUCCUCUACAUCGCCGGUGACCUGAUCCUCUUCCGGGUCCCCAUCUCUUCCGAUCCUGUCCCAGAAAACCGUUUCUUUUGGCCGCUGGAUAGCGACUAUUUCGUCUACCGCGCUGACCCCAAUUUGCGAGAGCUCAAGCUCCUCACCGACGUGCACAUCAGAAAUUUCGAAGACUGUCAGGUUGGUAUUCUUCCCCGUGGUUUCCACGACUACACCAUCGCCGCGCUGGUUGUUUGUCCUCUCACCAUCGACAGGUUUAUACUCCAUUUGUUCCACUCGGAGACAUCUAGCUGGACCUCCAUCGUGCCGCCUGUGGUGGAGCCACAGGAGGGCUUCAAUAUUGUCAUCCCCACUAACACGGAUCUUCAUCGCCAUGAUACUUCCAACGUUAUCACAAUCGGUGGUGAGUACGGCACCAUGGGUUGGGUCGAUCUCUGGCGAGGCAUCCUGUUUUGUGAUGUGCUGUGUGAGAAGCCAACUCUCCGUGGAAUACCAUUGCCGCUGCCGAUGUAUCAUAUCACAGGCGGCGAUGGGAUGGGAUUAUAUUUAGACCGUGCAAUGGAUUGCCGAGGCAUUGCCUUCAUCAAUGGCUGUCUCAAGUUCGUCCAACUGGACAUCAGCGGCUCUUGCCUCUUACAGUACAUAGACGGGGAAACAGGGUUUCCAACUUUGCUGGUGUCUGACUGGGCGAUCUCCUCAUGGACCAAUAAGAAGAUGGAGAAUUCUUACAAAGCUUGGGGGGAUGCUGAAUGCACGGUCCAAGCUUCUGAGGUCACAAUCAAAAGCGACAUGGUUUCACAACCGACUGGAAGGCUGCUGCUGCCAUCAGAGGAUAGUGUUGAGAACCCAGAACGAAAGGCAGCCUACUUACCGCACCUUGUGAUCUCUGACCCCUCUCCGAGCUUGGAUGGUGAUGGCGUUGUUUACCUAAUUGCCAGGGAGAAAUUAUAUCACCAAAAGUCAUGGGUCCUUGCUGUUGACAUGAAUAGCAAGACGCUGCGAAGUGUUGCUCCCUUUGGCAUGGUAGAAGACCCAUGUGAUUCUGUCGUGUAUUGCACUAGCAGGUCUGCCUCCAAUACUUGAGUUAUCUGGUGGAACUGGAGACCAUGGGCUAUCUACCGCAGGAAUAAAUUCAGCAUGAAGAUGUUUUUCUUAUUAAGAAAGCAUGCACCGGUGCUGUGGGCAGUUCUCUCUGGGUCUUGCUUUACAUAUUCAUUUAGUUACUAUUUUAGAUGGAAAGACAUGAUCUCCUGCGUUUGUGAUUUGUGGGCAACUUGCUUAAUAUGUUUGAGCAACAUAUAUUUCUCGUUGUAUUUUAUUGUGUUGGACAUGAUGGCCUGUGUCUUCGGUCAAGUUGUUUAUUAGUACUCAAGUUGGAUAUUCCUAUUAGUACCAUGUUUCAACCGACUUGUAUGGUAGUAUAUGUUUGAAGAAUCCAUGUGGUUAUUUGAUCUCA